AUGAAACUACAACUGUACGCAGCAGCAGGGUUAGUCGCCUGCGUCGCGCCGUCAGGCCCACUCUUGGGGGUCGAGGCUCUCCGCCAGGAGGCCCACGAAACCUCUACACUUGAGACGUCCGGGGGUGCUUCAGUGAUGAGUCAAGUUGGAGCAGGGUCGCAGCUAAGAGCUAAAGUCGUUGCACAAAUACAGAGUUCCUUUGAUGCGCAACAAGAAUAUGAUAUCCCGAGCAACAUGCUGUGGCGCAUACUUGACGAUGUUGGAGGACUGAGCAAGGAAGAGGUCGCUAUACUUUUGGAGAGAACAGGUAUUCCCUUCAUCACGAAUAACGAGGCAAUCUAUGAGAGGUGGCUCGUGUCACUGAAGACGUUUGCUGAAAAUGAGGAAGCGAAAGGGCACAUCGAAGGUAAAUACAAAGAUGGUGGCGUCCACCGCAUGUAG